AAUAACGUCCCAAAGUUUGUCACAUACUAUAUAUCUUCCAACAACCCUUUGCGAAGGACCCCCUACUCUUCUUCUUUGUUUUGUUUUGUUUUGUUUUUAUAAACUCUUCUUCUUUGUUAGUGUAGGAGAAAUGGGUAGUGGAGAGAAAAGUUGGAGGAACUUUCAUUUACCGCAUCAAGGGAAGAAGCAAACGAGGGAUGUGCCGAAGGGGUGUUUGGCGAUAAGGGUGGGGUCACAAGGGGAGGAGCAGCAGAGAUUUGUGGUGCCUGUUAUGUACUUUAAUCAUCCCUUGUUCCUUCACCUGUUGAAAGAAGCCGAGGAUGAGUACGGGUUCGACCAGAAGGGGACCAUCACCAUCCCUUGUCAUGUUGAACAAUUUAGGAAUGUACGGUGCUUGAUUGAUAGCGAAAAGCCCCUUCAUCAUCAUGUCGGAUGUUUUAGGGUUUGAUUUGUGUGUGUGUGUGUGUGUUGGGGGGUGUAAAUCUGUGAGGAGUUUUCUUCUUAGAUCAGAUGGGUUUGCUUUGGUUGAUGAAGAUGAUGCAAGGUAAUGUGGACAAAUGUUGGUUGCAAUUGUAGUGACUUUGGCUAUUUUGUUAGGAAUCGUAAUGGAAAAAGCAAGAAAGUAAAUGCCUUUUUCUUUUGUUAAAUGUUUGUUCUCCUUUUUUUUUAUUUAAUAGAUGAAAGGAUUUUGGCAUCAUUAGAAAUAGACAAGGGCUCUCCUCUCGGUA